AUGUCUACAGCAUCCAAAUUAAGGAAGCAUACAAGUACGCAAACCGGUGAAAAAACGUAUGAAUAUAAAGACUGUGAUCAAGCAUCUUCCCGAAAAUCACAUUUAACGACGCAUACAACGAUACAUACCGACGAAAAUCCGUACAUAAUAUGUAAUACUUGUGAUCAAGCGUUUUCUAGGAAAUCAGCUUUAAUUUGUCAUACAAGGACACAUACUGGCGAAAAACCGUUUAAAGAGAAAGUUAACACAAUUGAUGAAGAAAUAAAAACUGAAAUAAAUUAUGUUGACUGUUUUGAAUUUGAAGGAACAGCUUUAUGCGAAAGCAAUUCUGCUGAUAUCAUAACUAACUGCCGAAAGAAAAAUCCAUUGGAUAAUAACUGUGAUAAAAUGUCUACAGCAUCCAAAUUAACAAAGUAUACAAGGACACGUACCGUUAAAAAGCCGUAUAAAUGCGUUAACUGUGAUCAUGCUUUUUCUCAGAAAUCACAUUUAACGAGGCAUACAAGGACACAUACCGGCGAAAAACCGUUUAAAUGUGAUACAUGUAAUCGAGCUUUUGCUCUUAAAAAAACUUUAGAAAAUCAUAUGACGACACAUACCGGCGAAAAACCGUUUAAAUGUGAUGACUGUGAUAAAUCGUUUUCUCAGAGUUCAAUUUUAAUAAGACAUAAGGUGAUACAUACCGGCGAUAAACCGUUCAUAUGUGAUAACUGUGAUCAAGCGUUUUCUUUAAAAUCAAAUUUAAUACGCCAUACAAAGAUACAUACCAAUGAAAAACUGUUUAAAUGUGAUAGAUGUAAUCGAGAUUUUGCUCUAAAAAGAACUUUAGAAAUGCAUACAACGACACAUAUCGGCGAAAAACCGUACAAAUGUAAUACCUGUGAGCAAGCGUUUUCUCGGAAAUCACAUUUAACGAGGCAUACAACAAUACACACCGGCGAAAAACCGUUUAAAUGUGAUACAUGUAAUCGAGCUUUUGCUCUUAAAAAAACUUUAGAAAAUCAUAUGACGACACAUACCGGCGAAAAACCGUUUAAAUGUGAUGACUGUGAUAAAUCGUUUUCUCAGAGAUCAAUUUUAAUAAGACAUAAGGUGAUACAUACCGGCGAUAAACCGUUCAUAUGUGAUAACUGUGAUCAAGCGUUUUCUUUAAAAUCAAAUUUAAUACGCCAUACAAAGAUACACACCGGCGAAAAACCGUUUAAAUGUGAUACAUGUAAUCGAGCUUUUGCUCUUAAAAAAACUUUAAAAAUGCAUACAAUGACACAUACCAAUUAAAUACCGUAUAAAUUCGAUAUCUGUUACCAAUUGUUUCCACUUCGAUCACAUUUAAAAAGUCAGACAUCGAUACAUGCCGAAGAAACCUGUAUAAAUUAUGACGGAUUCGUGAUAUUACGUUUUCUAAAGCGACUAAAGUAUCUAAUUAAAAAACUUAACGAGGUUACCAUACCCGGAAAUGUCUUUAAGAAUACAUCAUAUAAUUCAAGACAUAUCAAAAUUGUUUUCUUACGUACAAUUAAUUUUAUAAUUUAAACAAUAAUAUCAGUUCUUUAUCAUCAUUUAUCAACAUAAUAUAACAUUAGUUCACUACGAAAAUAAAAAAUUACCAAAUAUUACAAUACCAAUUUAACAAAAAAGACACACCUCAUGUCUGAUAUCAUCAAACGUUCUACGUAAUAAUAACCAACGAAUUCAUAUACUACAUCCCCUUCUAUACAGACGCUUCUAAAAUAACAAAUGAAACCGGUUUCAUCAUUACACACACCGAAGAUAACAGUUUCCACUAUCAUCUAUCAUAUAUAGAAUAGAAAUAGAACCUAUAAUCUCAUUCUCCACAAACCAUAAUAAUGUCGUCAUCUUAAGCGACUCUGAGCGAAAUCACCUCAAUUACCUAUGUACAUACAAAAUUCAACCUCGCCCGAAGCAUUAAAAAUACAAUCCUUGCACAAAACUAUCAAACUCAUGUGGGUUCCAUCACACAUUUUAUCAAGAUACCCUGACUCACGGCGAACAUCUGGAACAAUGGGUCAACGACACCUCACUAUAACAAUUAAAUAAAUCUUUAAAGAGAGUUUUAAAAUUUGAAUGUAACGAAAUUAUGGAAUCGAUUGUUGGCUAUAAAACCUUAUUGUAUUUGAAACCUUAAAUAAAAAAUAAAAAAAAAAUACAUAAAACAUAUUCAUAUUUUUAUUGCUUUUCUUCAAUUUAAUCAUUAAUAAAGUAUUAUUAUUUGAGUUAUCAAACUAACCCUGUCACGAGAGAAACCGCCCAUACUGCAUAAAAAUAUUUCCUAAUUAUGGUAAAAAUACUUUCAGGAAAAUAAUAUAGUUGUCAAAUUUUUUUUAAAAGUUUCGUAAAUAAUGUGGAAAUAUU